CUCGCUUUCGACGAGUCUGAAUAGGAAAGUGGAGAGACAUUAACCGAUAAUACGUACACAUCAAAAUGCGUUUCCAUACGAUUUCACUAGCACUGGUCUUGUGCGCCGUCUGCACCAUGGCCCAGGACAAAUCGGCGCUCAAGGCGGUCUCCGAGAGCAGCGAACGCUUCGCCACGAAAUUUUUCAAGACGGUGAGCAAAGAGAACGACGGCAAGAACGUGAUAAGCUCGCCCGUGAGCGCGUACUCCGUCCUGUCGAUGGCGGCAAUGGGCGCCGGGGGCAGGACCGCCCGGCAGAUGCGCACCUCGCUCAGCCUGCCCGCCGACGACAGCGUCAGUCUCCGAGGAAUGCAAACCCUCAUGGACGAGAUCAACAACGUCAAAAACGUCACUCUCGAGAUGGCCAACAAGAUGUACGUGGCCAAAAGCUUAAAGGUAAAGCCCAGCUUCAACGCGCUCGCCACCGACUCGUUCCGCUCCGAGGCUGCCGAUCUUGACAUCAGCAACCCGUCCGCUGCGGUCAAAGAAGUCAACAACUGGGUGGACCAAAAGACCCACCACAAAAUCGAAAAGAUCCUCGAAGAUGGAGACAUCGACGGUGACACGCGCAUGGUUAUCUUGAACGCGGUGUACUUCAAGGGCAAGUGGGCGAAGCCUUUCGAGAACAAACAGACCGAAGACAAGCCCUUCUACUACAUGGAGAACAAGACCAGGAAGGAGAAGCUGGUGCCCACGAUGUACGUCAAGGGUGACUUCUUCUACGGGGAGAUGCACGACUUGAAAGCCAAGUUCAUCGAGCUGCCCUACCAGAACAAGGACAUAAGGAUGGUGAUCAUCGUUCCCGACGAAGUCGACGGGCUGAGCAAAGUCGAGCAGAACCUCGAGGCCUUCAACUACAACAGACUCACCACCAUCGGCUUCAAACGCGAGGUCGAGUUGUACAUGCCGAAAUUCAAGGUCGAGAGCACCCUCGACCUCAAGGCCGUUCUCGAGAAGAUGGGUAUGACGGACAUGUUCACCGACUACGCCAACUUCAGUGGUAUCUCCGACCAGCCGAUUAAAGUAGGAAAGGUCCUUCAAAAGGCAUUCAUCGAGGUGAACGAGGAGGGCAGCGAGGCCGCUGCUGUCACGGAUAUGUCAGUGGUCCUUCUCUCUUAUAUUCCGGAAGAAAUCUUGAAAAUAGAUAGACCGUUUUUCUACAAAAUCAUUGAUAACAAGACCCAAACAGAUAUCUUUUCUGGUUCCAUUAAAAAGUUGUAACGCUAAAAUAUAGUUGAACCUUUGGGUUUCCAUAGUAUUUAAAUCAUAACAGGUAUUAAGCUUAUAAAAUUAUGUCUGAUAAAAUAGAUAGACUCUGUUUGGUAUUUUUUUUUAUUUUUAUUUUAAUUUCAGCAUUAAAAAUUGUCAAUGGGCUAUUUUCCGAAUGAACAACGAUUAUACUAAAAACAGAUAGACCGUUUGCAUCUCAAAUAAUUUUUCCCUUGUUAACCGAAUAGUUAUUCACAAUACCGUCACUUUUUUAUUAUAUUAAUAUAUUUAGAUUGAUAAUAACGAUGUAUCAUCAAAAUACGUAGUACAAAUGUAUGAAUUUUCUUUUGUGCUGCUACGGAACGUUAGUUCUCCUAAUAUUUUAAGAAAACAAUUGUACGGCCAAAAACAGUAAAGUCCACGAAAUGACAAGGCAAUAAUUGUACUUCAUAUAGACCACGUAUUUUUAAUAAAAAGUAUAAAAAAUCAUUUCAAUAAUUUAAGAGCAGUGAACCUUAUGUUUAUGAGUGCUAAGUUUUAUUCAUCAGUAUUUGUUUUGUAACGUUACAUUAGUCGUAUUUUUUUUUUUUAAACAUCGUAUUCGCAUGUUGCUCAUUAUUAUGUGAACAAAUCAAUCACUAUCAUCAUUAUCCUGACAUGUGAAUUACGCAACAUUAUUCCUUUUUCACUCCGUCUUCUAAUCGUC